AUGCACGCCUUGUCGCUGGAGGGCUGCAAAUUAAGACCAAGUUUCGGCAUUCAGGUCCAUAAGGCGAUAAAUGAAGUAUCUCCACGUGGCUUAAGAGUUUUAAAGAAAAUCAGCAUCAGUCCAAAGAAAUAUAUCUAUGAUCUCUGCAUAGGUCGUGAUGCAAAAAUAUGUGUUGCCGUGGAAACAGAUAACUUCAGAGACUUUCAACUUAAUGCUAGUGGAGACAAAGAAUUUAUCUCCUACAAUGAGUCUUAUUUACUUUACCAUUAUUCCUUUUCUUACUUAUUCAUCCUUAACAACUCUAUAAAAAGCCCAUCUACUAUCUACCAGAGUACAGGACGUACACAACAAUGGGGGUACAUGAAGUAUUUACAAACACCAACAGGCUUUAAACCACAUGGAUUAGCACAAUGUGGAUCGGGCCGUCUACUAGUCUGUCUCUGGAAUCAAAAGCCGCGUGAAAAAUCUCAAGGAAAAGUCUGCAAGUUGUUUGUAAAUGAUACAAUGCAACAAAUAUGUGAAUAUGAGUACGAUAAAAGUAGGCCGUUAUUCAAAUGUCCGACGUACAUCACAGAAAAUGGUAACGGAGACAUAUGUGUGUCGGAUGAAGGAGCUGUGGUAGUACUGGAUGAAGUAGGAAUGCUCAGAUUCCGGUACAAAGGUCUCGCCGAGGACCGGAACUUUGAUCCGUACGGAAUUUGUACGGAUUCUUCACGCAAAAUUAUCAUUACUGAUAUGAAGAACGAUAAAAUACACAUGAUUGAUGAGAAUGGAGGAUUCAUUUGUUAUAUACAGUAUGAGAAUAUGGAGAUGCCUCGGGCCUUGUGUGUUGGUCAGGAUAACACCCUCUAUGUUGGAGAAUGGAAAUCUGGUUUGAUCAAAGUCCUCUCACUUACAUGA